UCAGGAAAAGCAGGUAGCGGCAUCUGUCUGUCACAUGACUCACAGGAACGUCACACGUAGACAUGGCUGCUACUGUUUCCAGCGAAGAUUUCACCAACUUACAGCUUCUUUUAAAGGUACUGAUCAUGCUCCGUCUAAAGAUGCAGUGAGAGACGUUUGUGUUCAGAGUCACAGAGCUCCGAGUCGCCGGCUCGCCGAGACCACAGCAGCGUCACUCAGCGUCCCAGCAGCCCAGGCUGCACAGCUGGUCCAGUCUCUCCACGUCCUGUCUCAUCACGUCCUCUUCUACAACCUCAGCUCUCCAGAGCAGAUCCUCGCCCUCUUCCCCGACUCCUUCCACUCCAGUCUGAAGAACCUGAUCACCAAGAUCCUGCUGGAGAACAGUCCAACAUGGAGGACAGAAGCUGUCGGUGAUCAGAUCUCUCUGCCUCAGUUGAAGGAGCUGGACUGGAGAGUGGACAUGGUGACCGGUUCGGACUCAGUCAGUCGUAUGUCGGUCCCGACCUGCCUGGUCCAACUCAAGAUGGAGGAUCCGUGUCAGUCGGCAGGCGGUGAGUCGGUUUCCACGGUGACGGUGGAGCUGAGCCGGGAGUCUCUGGACACCAUACUGGACGGACUGGGACGCAUCAGAGACCAGCUGUCUGUGGUCGCUGGGAAAUAAACCUGAACAUUUGUCUUUUUUUACAAACUGAUACUGAUGAAGACGGAACUUCCUGUCGCUGAUCUUCAGGCUUCACCAUCAUCAGAAAGUUUCUCCUGCCAGGCUGAAGGAAAGCUGGUUUAUCAUUUAUUAACCCUGAACUCACGAGUUAAUUUAUCGUUAAUUAAUCAGUUCAUGAUUAAUCAGUUCAUGUUAACUCAUUUCACUUUUAGUAAAAACGCAAAACAUUUUGUGCCUAAUGCUUAAAAACUGCAAAAAUAUUACUUUGCAAUUCUGUCAUUAUUUACUUUUUUUGUUCUGAAUGUCCGACAUCUUUUAUU